GGCCUUUCAUGAUAAGAUGGGCCCAUAUAGAGGAAUAAGAAUGUGGACAUGUAGUGGAGCAGCUGGACAGAGAGUUAUCAGUCUCUCUGUGUGUCAUUGUUUAAAGAGGGAAACUCAACUUUUUUAAUGUCCGAAAAGUAUUCAAACAAGGCUGAAAAACGCUGACGCAUUUGUCAGAAACCUGACAACUGCCUUUAAAUCUCUUCACACUCGCCUCUUCGUCUUUCCUCUGUUUUUCUUUUACUCUCUCUCUCUCUCUCUCUCUCUCUCUCUUAAACAGAAGCGAACAAAGCAAGAGGUUUUAGUAUCUUUUGGUUUGUGUUAAAGCUUUUUCUUCUUGGGAGGUGGGUUUUUGCUUCUCUGUGUCGCUAGUUUCAAAAGCUGUCUCCUUUUUUCUUGGAAUUGAAUAAAGCUUCCCUAGAAAACAAAGUUUUAAAACCAAUUUUUGUUAUGAAGAUGCAGAGCCCUAAAAUGGAGCAGGAGGAGGUUGAGGUGGAGAGGAUGGGGAAGAAGUGGCCGUGGAUGAAGGCGGCGCAGUUAAUGGAGUUUCGGAUGCAAACUUUGGUGUAUAGAUACAUAGAGGCUGGUCUUCGUGUGCCUCAUCAUCUUGUGGUGCCUAUUUGGAACAGCCUUGCUCUCUCUUCCUCCUCCAAUUACAACUAUCACUCUUCUUCUCUGUUGAGUAAUAAGGGAGUAAACCAUAUCGACACGGUGGAACCUGAACCCACAAGGUGCAGGAGAACAGAUGGGAAGAAAUGGCGGUGUAGGAACAGGGUCCUUCUAUAUGAGAAGUACUGUGAACGGCACAUGCAUAGAGGCCGUAAACGUUCAAGAAAGCUUGUGGAAUCUUCUUAUGAGGUUGCUUCGUCGUCAACCAAACACGACAACACUUGUGGUUUGGACAGGAAUAACGAUAGUCAGAGUGUUCUUCGUGGGACAAUCUCGGGUUCUAGUAAUGCGCAGGUAGUUACCAUUGCUUCAUUGCCUAGUGCCAGAGCUUGUGAUGAUGUCAUUCGUCCGUCUUUAGUGAUAUCUGAAUCCACAAACAAAAGUGUGAGUUACUGCGACAGGAGCAGAAGGAAUAUGGAGAUAAGUUGUGAUGACUUUAUCAGUACAAAAGAGUCGAGUUUGUGUGUAAGAGUUGUUCCUCUUCAAGGUGAUGAGAACUUACCUUCUGUUCAAAAGUUCUUCCCCGAGGUAUCUGAUAAUUCCUUAGAAGCUGCAAAGUUCUCAAGUAACCGGAAGAAUGAUAUCAUUGCAAGAAGCAGAGAAUGGAAGAAUAUGAAUGUUGUUAAUGGUGGCUUGUUUUCUAGUAUCCACUUUUCUCCAGAUACUGUUCUUCAAGAACGUGGUGUGUUUCGUUUACAAAGAGUUGAUACAGAUAAUGAACCAGGAAGGUGCCGAAGAACAGAUGGGAAGAAGUGGAGAUGCAGCAAAGAUGCUUUGUCUGGUCAGAAAUACUGCGAUAAGCACAUGCAUAGAGGUAUCAAGAAGAAGCAUCCAGUGGAUACUACUAACUUACAUGAGCGUAGCGGUUUUAGUCCGUUAACUGUGAAAUCAGCUGCUAGAUCUGUGUCUUGCAAAGAUGGAGAUGACCAGAAGCUUUCUGUUUCAGUCAUGGGAAUUCCACUGCCCCGAGUUUCUGAUGAGAAGAGCAGUUGUAGUUACAGUACCGACACUACCAUUACUGACACAGCUUUAAGGGGUGAAGAAGACGAUGAGGAGUACUUGUCUUUGUUUUCGUCAGGUGUUUAGAAACAUAGAAAUGUUGUCGAGGUUCAAAUGUUUUGAUGUUUUGAGUUUCUAUCUAUGGAUCUUUCUGUUGUUAGAAGAAGUCAAAUCACAAAAAAAUAUCGAGACACGAAUUUUAGCUAGAUUAUAUUGUGCUGAAAUGAGACAAUAUAUCACAUGGAAUGUGCUUUCGCUGAACUUCUAA